AUGAGGUCUAUAGAGGAUAAGGGCAGCUUGAAUCUUGCAUCAACUCAUGAGAUUCCUGGUGGCGGCAACGGGGGCGGCAAUUUCGAGUUUCAGAAAGGAAGCGGGGCGAACCGUGGUUCGCACCACCAUCGGACCGCUCUAGGCAAACCAACACCAUCAAAAUGGGAUGAUGCCCAAAAAUGGCUGGUCAAUUUGUCUAGAGUUGGAGAUAAGAACCACUCAAACACCGAGCCACGCGAUUCUAAUGCUGACGAUCGAAGAUUGAUCGCACCGGUUCCGAAAAAAGAUUAUCCAAGUAGUGAAGAUGAAGAACAAACAGAUGCAAAUUUGAUUCAAUAUGGAGCAAUAGAAACAAAAAAGGUUGAUUUUGGUGAUUCAAUGUGUGUUAGAUCUAUUUGUGUAAGAGAUAUGGGGACCGAAAUGACCCCGAUGGCUAGCCAAGAGCCAUCAAGAUCCGCCACACCGGUUCGAGCCACGACCCCGGCUGCACGCAGCCCUAUAGCCUCGGGUUCCUCAACUCCGGUUCGACCAUGUCCAAAUGCCGCAUCCACGGUUGCACCUAAAGUUGAUGCUAGUGGAACCACGAGGUUUGGUCGAGAAAGCGAAGAAACUUAUGUCGAAAAUGUGGUUGAAACUAGAAACCCGAAUCCAGAUUCUAAGUUAGACCCUCUAGAAACCCGAGCGAUGGCUUGGGAUGAGGCGGAGCGCGCAAAAUAUAUGGCAAGGUUUAAGCGCGAAGAGGUGAAGAUUGAAGCUUGGGAGAAUCACGAAAAGAGAAAAGCCGAGAUGGAAAUGAAAAGAACGGAGGCGAAAGCCGAAAGACUGAAAUCUCGAGCACAAGAGAAGUAUACAAACAAACUUGCUUCAACAAGAAGAAUAGCAGAAGAGAAACGAGCAAAAGCUGAAGCUAUUUUAAAUGAAAAAGCUAUAAAAACUUGUGAAAGAGCUGAUUAUAUAAGGAGGACCGGUCAUUUACCCUCUUCUUUCUCCAUCAAAUUACCCUCCUGCUGCUGUUGGUAA